AUGAUUGAUUCGCCAGCAAGUAUCAACUGGAAUUUUAAGAGGCAAGGUGAUGCUGGCAGCUCUUACUCAGGCAUUCCUGGGCCGUCGGGAGCCAUUGCAUCAUCUUCCUUUGGCCUAAUUGUCUCCGAUAAUAUCCAUAAUACACCUGUCCGACAUGGUGUUGGCCUGACUGAUGCAGUUGGCUUCACAGAGCCUGUGAAUUUCACCAAUGAUCUUGAUCGAGGCGAUCUCCGUUCUUUGUCACAUAAUAUUGCGCCCGAGGCGGUCUUUUCAACUGGACCGCAUCUACCCCAACUCGAAAAUCGGUUUUCGCCCGUCUCUAUUUUGUCUCUGCCUAGUCCAGAGCGCUCUUCGCAUGCGAAUCAAUUGAUGACUUCAACAUGCACUAUGGCCAGAUCAGGCCUUAGUUGCAUCGCUUCGGAGGCUCUCCGCCAGAGAGCUGUGGCACCAGGACUGGUCGCCUUUGAGCCGGCAUCGUUCCCUGCAGGCGCAGUUCCGGUCUCUGUCACUGCAUAUCCUUCUGAUCACACGGCGAUCGCUUCGGUAGCAGCUGCCGCUGCGGCUGCCGCAGCUGCAGUCGCUGCAGUUGGUGAUAUCGACAGACAAGCUGGGUUAAUCGGUCAGAUUCCUCAUGCUUUGAUCGCUCCAGCUGGUGCUACAGUUUUCAUGCAGGCACAGCCUCCACCACAAUCUAUGAUUAGCCUGUCUGGCCAGCCUGCUUAUCUUUCUGGCAGCCAUGUAAGUUUUCUUUGUCUCAUGGUGGCAUUUCUUGUUUUUUCAAGCAAAAACUCGAUUUGA